AUGCAGCAGCAACAAGAGAUGAUGAGAGUAAUGAACGAGCAACGAGGAACGAAUGACUUCAAGUUGGAUGGGAUUAGACUACCCAAGUACACGGGGCAUGAGUCUGAGUCGUUCCGCCUGUAUCAAGAAGAGUUGUCGCAGUACUUUGAGGCCCGCAACAUUGACUGGAAGAACGAGCGUUGGGCGACGAGGGUACUGGCCAUUAUCGGGAGCACGUUGAAGGGGCAGGCUGGUCAGUGGUAUCUGGCGCGGAAGCAUGAGAUCUACUCUGCGGAGCAGUUACUCCGAGAGUUGGCACGCGCGUUUGUUCCGGCGGAUCUUCAG